UGAGCGAACGGUGGAGAGGUCAAUGGCCCGAGACGCCGGCCGCUGGCUUUUUCUCAAUUUUCUUUGCCUUUGCCCUCACACUUUCCUCACCUUCGGCCUGCUUCUUCCUCAGUCAGUCGACUUCCAUUCCCACAGAGUCAACAAGUCAUCUUUGGAAUUGGUGCAAUUGGGAAAUGGGAAAUUGGUGCAGCGUUUUCAAACGUUCAGUUACGAAGGGAAAUAUGGACGAAAACAAUGAAGCUAAGGAUCAUUGGGGCCCCCCCCUACAAACACCUGAUCCUAACUUCAGACCCAUGAGUAUCCGUCGCGCUUUAAGAGAUCGGUACAAAAAUGUACCUGAUAACGGUGGGUUCGGAGAAAUAUCGUGGAUGAGCAACGAGUCCCACGAAAGGACGGUUCAAUCCAGACCUGGUACUGGCACUGCAAAAAAAGUGGAUCCGCCAACCGUUCCCCGUGGCUGGCAAGGAACAAAACCUCUAGUCCCAGAAAGAUCUUCGUCCUUGACACCAAAGUCCAUCAAGAAAAAUGCUUAGUCCAAAAUUAGAUUUUAAAUAAUUGGGUGAUUGGUUUAAUACUAAGUUUUUAUAUUAAU